CAGCCCUGGUUGCCAGGGUAAAAAAAAACAAAAUGUGCUUUUGCGCCAUCGAUCAAAUUCAGACAAAGUUUGUAAUAUUCAUAAAAUGUCCUAUCAACAUUGGUUAAAUUAUUUGCAAUCUGCUGAGAAAAACUCAAUGAUCAGCAACAAGCUGCGCAAGGUGCUCUACAAGUUUCCAGAUGGACAACAAAUGGCUGAGGAGUACAAUAUGGAUACAGGCGUAGUGCAAAGGCGAGCUUGGCGGAAAUGCAAACAGCUCAUGGGUGAACCCGAGUGGGAAAUAGAGCUGGGCGAAGAGCCGCGCCAACUUAACUGGGCUGCCGGCAAUAAGCCCAACGCAUAUGGCGCCGGCGGUGGUGAUGCGGACACCAUGUCUGGUGCAGAAUUCACAUUGCGAGAGAGCAAUACUGCUCCAUUGCUAACCAAACGAAUUACAAAGAAAAAUAUUGAAUGGCGCAUACGUAAUUUACCCUACCCUAUAGAUAUGUAUAACGUUCGUGCAGAUGCUGAGCAGCGAGCAAUCGUCGUGCGCACAAACAAUAAGAAAUACUAUAAAGUUAUAUCUGUACAUGAACUGGAUCGUUGCGGCGUACCCCCCGUCCAGGCCAAUAUAAGCACUCAUCAUCAGUUCAACACACUCAUCAUAACCUACCAGAAACCACCAAUACUCUGUGAAAUGGAGGCACAGGUUUUACUGCUGCUAAAAGACGUGGAGACGGAGACAGAUGUGGAUGAUUUGUUAAAAGGUUUGCUGGCUAAAUAAUAAAACUCAAUAUGUAAAAUAUACAU